CGAGUCUUUGGUUUAUCGCGCGCGUGCUGACAGUGAAGCACAUCUGCUCGGAAUCCGCUGGAUAUAAACAUCUGUAUAAACCACCGCGGUAAAGAAGGAACCGAAAAGGAGUACUCGAGCAGAAAGAAGAAAAAAGUGAUUGACGGUAUUGCGAGAAAGAGCACCAGGGAAGUUCGUUUGCGAUGUCGGGAUCGCUGUGUCGGAGUUUGUACGCGUUCAGCGGAGAGCAGCACGAGCGCGGAUUGCGCUUUCAGCCCGGGGAGCUGAUCCGCGUCACGCGCGCGCUGCCUGGAGGAUGGUGGGAAGGAGAGAAGGAUGGAAUAACGGGAUGGUUCCCUUCCAGUUACGUCCAAGUCGUAGAGAAAUCUGCUUCCUUGAGUGUGCUGCCUGGCGAGGAGCCUUGCGAAAGCCCAUUGCCCAAAGACUGGAAGUGUUACAUGGCACCACAGGGACAGAAGUACUACGUCAACACUGUAAGCAAUGAGACGACAUGGGAAAGGCCUUCCAGUGUUCCUGGGACGCCCAAAACAUUAUUACGACACAAGAACUCCUUACCAACAGUGAAUGGAUUUCAUGGCAGCAGUGGCCCAUUGCAUCAGACAGAGCAGUCACAUGUACCAAAACAGAAGGCCAACACAGAUCAACAGAGCCCCAUGUCCAUAUCUCCCAGGAAGUCGGAGCACAAGACCUCAGUCACGCAAAUCAACUGUGUGACGUUCCCCUUCCCGUUACACACCACUGAACAGCAACUCCUUAAACCAAAUGAUUGGAGCUACUGCGAUUAUUUUUGGGCAGACAGAAAGGACCCACAGGGGAAUGCCAGCAUCUCAGGCUUUGAGGUCUUAAUGCAGAAGCAGUUGAAGGGAAAACAGAUGCAGAAGGAGAUGGCUGACUUUAUGAGAGAGAGGAUCAAGAUUGAAGAAGAGUACGCCAAGAAUCUCUUGAAACUCUCUCAGAUCCCUCUUGCAGCUCAGGAGGAAGGUACACUUGGAGAGGCCUGGGCCCAGCUGAAGAAAAGCCUGGCAGACGAGGCCGAAGUGCAUCUCAAGUUCUCUUCGAAGAUACAGAGUGAAGUAGAAAAGCCCCUCAUUACAUAUCGAGACAACUUUAAAAAGGACAUGAAGAAGUUCGAUCACCAAAUUGCCGAUCUCAGGAAACAGCUGGCCAGUCGAUAUGCUGCUGUUGAGAAGGCACGUAAAGCGCUCACAGAACGGCAGAAGGACCUGGAGGUAAAGACUCAACAGCUGGAGAUCAAACUGAACACAAAGAUUGAGGAGGACAUCAAAAAGGCCCGCAGGAAAUCCACACAGGCAGGUGAUGAUCUGAUGCGAUGUGUUGACCUGUACAACCAGUGUCAGUCUAAAUGGUUUGAGGAGAUGGUUACUACAAGUCUGGAGCUGGAGAGACUUGAAGUGGAGCGAAUAGAAAUAAUCAGAAAUCAUCUCGGACAAUACACAACGCUGCGGCAUGAGACGGACAUGUUCAACCAAAGCACCAUAGAGCCGGUGGACAAACUACUCCAGAUUGUAGAUCCAGCUAAAGACAGAGAGAUAUGGGUAAAGGAGCACAAGACAGGUGAGGUGAGACCAGUGAACAUGGAGCUCUAACUCAGAGAGAAGGUGCUGGUGAAAGAAGAGAUGGAGUCUGUGGUCUUUUCUGCAAGAACAUGGGGAAAAACAACAUACUGGAGUAGAAAAGAAACAUGAGUUUAUGAAUGAAACUGCUGUCAGAGGAGCUGGAGCUCAACUGCCCAAAGCAGUGUGUUAUACAGAAGUGGAACUUCGACCCACAUGAUAGAUCCAAUACAAACAUGUCUAAAUAUCUCUCUCUCUCUCUCUCUCUCUCUCUCUCUCUCUCUCUCUCACACACACACACACACACACAGGAUUUAUCAAAGAGCCAUCGCUGCACAAAUGUCUGUAAAAAAAAUCUUCAAUUAUCCAGAUUCACAAGGAAACAACAUCUGCUGAAGUCCCUCGGAUGAGUUUCUAAAGAUUAUAGCAUAAUCCAGUCACCUUGCAUUUAGAUGCACGUGUAUAAUUCUCACUCUACAAAAACAAUGAACAGAGAGAUAUAAUGAAGUGACAGUUACAAGAUGAACUGGAUUAAUUAAAAUGUUAAGCCUGUGUUAAAAUCUUAAGAGAAAAUUGACAUGAAUUAAUCUGCUGUACUUUAAAGUCUUCAAAUUGGAGGGAAAUCGUCUCAAGCGUUCAUCCGAUCUUCUGGAGCUUGUGAGAUCAAAUCCCAGAGAUGCUGCGGUCAUUUAUGGAUAGAAGAACAAUUGGACCGUACUCUCUAUCAAAGUAAUAUUUGUAAACAGAUGCUUUUGGGAAUAUUUUUUAUGUUCAUGACUUUUCACAUUGAUGAAAUUGAACUCAGUAAAAUCUUGGCUGAAUUUUGAACAGAUAACAUGUUCUUCAUGUCAGACUCUAUGAUGAUGUUGUGCUUACACCAUUAAUCAGUGCGUUCUGGGAUUGCACAGUAAAAAUGCAAACCAAUUUGGAAUCCAAUCCCAUCGUCUAGUUCGUCCAUUUUCACAGAACAUCGUAGCAGCUGCCAGUCACUGCCAGUAUACUAUAUUUUGGUCGUAUUUUUACUAAAGUAGGAACCCGUGUGCCAGUCGCAUUGUCUUCUACAACAGCACUUCAGGCAGAUAAAACAGAUGCUGGCAUUAAUGUUCUCCUCCAAGAGUGUUGAGCUGCCUAAUCAAAUGCUUGUAAAAAAAAAAUAAAUAAAUAAAUAAAUAAAUAAAGAAAAAUAAAUAAAGAAAAAAGAAAAAAGAAAA